AUGGAGGAAAUCUACACCUACGUAGCUAAAUUCGACUAUACCCCUAAGCCAGAUGACGCAGAGGAUAUUCUUAUGGAAAAAGGGGAUAUCCUUGAAGUCAGGACCCCUGUUAAAUUCAACUUAAAAGGAACGCUUGAAAAUCCUGAUGGUUGGUUUCAAGGUCGAAAUGUGAAUAAGAAUGUUUUCGGGUAUUUUCCUGGAAAUUUCGUCAAGUUUUUGAAAAAAGUUCCUGAUCAGUCUCCUAAUCUCCCUCCUCGACCCAUGAAUGUUCCGCCAAGUAAAGACAAUCUUGAUGAGUCAAAUCCUACCGAUCAAUGUGAAGCUGCACCGUCAGUGGACAAACCUUCAGUUUCCUCUGCUGCUGUCCAAGUUAAACAGAAAAGUGGGCCACCUGGUGUACCACAUAGAUUAGUAAAGAGUUACUUUCUACGACCCAUCUUGUGUUUCUAUUGUCAUGACUACAUUUGGGGGUGUGGUCUUGAAAGCAUGAAAUGUGAAGGUUGUGCUUAUUGCUGCCAUGGAAUUUGUUCUGUUGGAGUGCUUGCAACAACAGUUUGUAGUCGGGAAAGAGCCACUCAUUUAGAUCCACCUGAUCAUUGUGUGUCAGUGGAACAAUGGACGGUAGCAAAUGUAUCAGAUUGGCUGGCUGCUUUAAAUUUGUAUCGUUAUGCUGAAUUGUUCCGUGAACAAAACAUUACUGGCGCUGAUCUAAAGAAUAUGGAUGAGAAGAGAUUAAUGGACAUGGGCAUACAAGAUGAGUUCCAUAAGAAGUCCUUGCUUGUUUGCAUAGAUGAAUUAUGUGGACAAAAUCCAGAUGUGCGUCAUUACACAAAUCCUCUGCCUCCACCUGGACAAAACAAUGUAGAGAUUGACGAUUCAACCCAAACUUGUGAUCAUCAGUUUUGUGAUUACAACUUUUCUUCUAUGCAGCGUUGCCAAUAUUGUGAUAAAUUUUUAUUUGGAUUAAUGCAUCAGGGCUUCCAGUGUCGAGUAUGUGGUUUUUGCUGCCAUCGGUGCUGUUCUAUGAUGUGUCAAUCAGGCUGUAAUUCUGCUAAAUAUGAAAGAAUAAGGCGACCUAGUUUUACUCAAAAUACAUAUUUUGGUUUAGAUUUGACAGAAGAAUUAAAAAGAACUAAACUAGAGGCUCCACCUGUAGUAAUUAGAUGUGUAAAUGAAAUUGAGAAGUGGUGCUCCGAUCACAAGGACGAAGCUAUGAAUGUUUAUAGGAUAUCUGCUCGUACUGAAGACAUCAAUGAACUUAAGUCAACUCUUAACUCUGCUUCUGAUCCCCUGCUUGUAGAUAUAAGUGGAUUUAAUAUCCAUUCUACUGCUGGAGCUCUUAAGAAGUAUUUAAGAGAGCUUCCUAAUCCAAUAAUUCCAGUUGAAUGCUAUGGAUAUUUUAUCAAAGCAGCAAAAUCUGGUUCUGAUAAUGAAGGAAAGCUUAUGGAGUUAGCAAAUUCGCUGCCUGCUGCUCAUGUGUCCAUAUUGCGGUAUUUGAUGGCGCAUUUUUGUCGACUUUGGCAAAUGCAGUUUGAAUCUGGUGUUAGAGAUGACAUUGAUAAGCUGUCAAAAGUAUUUUGUCACAUCAUCUUGCGGCCCCCAUGGGACCGUAUUAUGGAGAUAGUUGAGAACACAAAGUUGCAUAUUGAUAUUAUUGAAGAUUUGCUCACUUAUGGUGAUUGGGGUGUGGAAAAACCAACCAUCCGUAAUCCUCCUCCAAUACCAAAACGGCCUUGUGAUACGCCAGCAGCUACAGCAAAAUAUGAAUUGAAAGAUGCUGAGUGGUAUUGGGGCGAGUUAUCAAGAGAAGAGGUAAAUGAGAAGCUGAAGGAUGCCUUGGAUGGAACCUUUCUGGUCCGAGAUGCCUCUACGCCUGGUGACUACACUCUGACCCUUAGAAAAGGAGGCAGCAAUAAAUUGAUAAAAAUUUAUCAUAAAACCAACAAAUAUGGAUUUGUGGAACCAUUAACGUUUGAUUCUGUAGUGGAACUUAUUGAGCAUUAUCGAUAUAAUUCUCUUGCUAUUUAUAAUAGAGCGCUUGAUACCCGAUUAGAACAUCCAGUGUGUAGACCUGGCCCAUAUGUAACCAUUGGAGCUGAUGCCAUAAGAGAGGAGUUGCAAAAACUGUUGAAGAUUAAUAGAGAUACCAAGAAAAAAGCCAAUGCUUACGACCGUCUUUACCAAAGCCAUUCCAAAACAUCACAGGAGCUGCAGUUAAAAAACCAAGCAUUGGAUGCAUUCCGAGAAACACUGUCAGUAUUUGAUGAUCAAAUCAAACUUCAUGAACGCCAUCAUAAAGAUGCCCAGGCCCAUGAAGCCCAGAAAUUGCAUGAAAAUUUUGAACUGUUGAAAAGGCGUUUAAGUAGCAUCAUGGAGAAUCGUGCGAAACUUGAGGUUGAUAUUCAGCGUCAGUCAGCACGUAACAGAUCUUACAUCAGUGAGAUGAACAGUAUGAAACCAGAAUUAAAACGACUUUGUAAAACAAGAGAAAUGAGUAAAAAACUACUUCUCCAAAACGGAGUUGGGCAAGAUUUCUUGGAUAAUCAACUAGAAGGCAGGAAAGAAAAUGAUACUCUCCCACCUGACUACAAUCUUCCACAUCGAAAUAAAGAUCUGUGGUUGAUGAGUUGCCAAAGAGAGGAAGCUGAAAAACUGCUUGAAGGAAAACCUGAUGGAACCUUCCUUAUUCGCCCCAAAAAUAAUGGAGAAUGUUAUGCAUUAUCAAUAGUAUAUGAAAAAAAUAUUGGACACUGCAAAAUCUUAAGAAAAAAUGGAAAUUUUGGCUUUGCUGAUCCAUUUAUCAUUCAUUCUUCAUUAUCAGAAUUGGUUCUGCAUUAUCAAAAAACUUCACUAUCUGAGCACAAUGAGCACUUGGAUGUUACCUUAAAGUAUCCAUUGAAAGCAACCGAAGUAUCGGAUGACUCUCACUAUGCUUUGAUGAGCUCAACUAACCAAUGUCCUUCUUGGGACCAUGAUGGCUGA